UCGUCAUCUUAUCUGUCUAAUUCAGCAUUUCCUGUUUUUGUAUUCUGUAGAGUUGGUCUCUGAGAGAUGCUGUUAAAUAAGGGUUCUGUGUUGGAAAAGUGUUAUUCAACCUAACGAGACAGGAGGUAUAGCGGUUAAGCCCACAGAUGCUGGAAGCAGACUGCCAGGCCACAUUGGAUAGAAAAGGAAGUGGAGUGGAAUAAAAUCGCCCCUGACACGGUGCAAUUAUACAUUAGUGGUUGUAAAGCAGAAAGCAUCAGGUACAACGAGAACCAUCUUCCAAAACUAAGUUUACUCAAUCUCUCCUCUAAUUGCAUCAGGACUUUGCCAGAUGAUGUUCGUUCAGAUCUGAAAGAGAAAUGCCUAAAAGAGCUUCCAAACUUAAUUUCGAACCGUACUGUACAAGGAAUUACAUCAGUCUGUACCUGUGAUUUCAUUAAGGGCUACGCCACACCGAUAAACAACACCAUUUGUGCAGAAAUGUUGAAAAGCUGUGGAAAUACGUUAGCAGCCGUUUCUAUAGGAAUUUCCCUUUUGGUACUGUUGGUGAUCUGUGGUAUUGGGUGUGUUUGGCACUGGAAACACCAUAUCACAACACGAUUUACCUUACCAAAGUUUUUGCAAAGAAGAAGCAGCAGGAGAAAAGACUAUACUAAAACGCUCUCCUUGAGUCCCCACAUUAUCAGCUCAAAGCAUAAAAUCUCAGUUCAAACCCAAGGCCACAGAUCUCCUGCAAGGGAGACUAACAUACAUGACAACUAUGAAAAUGUAGAAGUGGGUCCUCCCAAAGCUAAAGAAGAAACCGGGAAGGAACUAUACCAGAACACUCAGCCGUCCAAUUUCGAGGAGGAGCACAUCUACGGAAAUGAGACACCAUCUAACUAUUAUAACUUCCAGAAGCCUUGUACUUCUGAAGUCCCUCAAGAUGAAGACAUAUAUAUUCUUCCAGAUUCAUAUUAACUUUUCAAAAUAUUGGGUUUAGUUAUUGGAGGAUAAAUAUUCUUUGGGACUUUUAUGGCACUGAUGUCAUUAUUGAUUGAGUCUUCUGAUGAAACUCAAUGUCUCUCAUCUAUUUCCACCCUCUGAGUCCUCUCUAUGUGCAUCACUGUGGAUUAGUUCUGGAUACUCUCCACCCUCCUUGCCCUGGAUUAGUUCUGCAUUAUGUUAUAUUGAUUCUUCCUUCUAAAUGUUCCCUGUUAUCUUUUUCUUUUAUUUAUAUCUCCACCAUCUUUUUCUGUGUCAAGAUUAUUGUCACAGUCUCCUAACUAGUCUUUCUGGCUAUAUUGUCUACACACUCAAUCAGUUCCCCAUGAUGCUGCCAGAUGUAUUUUCAGAAAAUAUUCCCAGUGGGCACAUCACUCCUUUGCUUAAAACCUUUUAAUGCUUCCUUUUUGCAAAAGAUAUAAUACUCAUAAUUCUAACUCCAGAAUAGAUGAUUUUCUGUAAUUGGUUCCAAUUUACUUUUCCAAUGACUUCUACUAAUCCCUCACUUCUCUGCUUUCAUCAAAAUCAUCGCAAAACCUGCCAAACUCAUCCCUCCUCCAUGCCUUCGCUUGUCUGCCCCUCUUAAGCCUGCUCAGAUCAUAUGUCCCUCCACAAGUCUUCUGAACCAUUCCAAACCUACUUUUACCUUUUUCUUUUCUGAUCUCCUAUAUAUUUUGCUACCUGUUAAGUUCUUUGGGCAUUUAAACGUAUGAAUGUUUGCUAUGGAAUUUUAUUAUUUAAUGUCAUAUGAGAAUGUCUUAAAUUCUCUACAAAAUUGUAAGGAACUGCCUCAUAUUCAUAUUUUAGCCCCAAUGCCUAGGCCAUCAUAUGAGACACUCAUUGUUCAAUUGACAAGAAUUGAAUUGUACAUUUUGCUAAGUAGUUCUAAGAAAAAUAUAAUAAAUUCAUCCAUCCAAGGAAUA